ACUACUACAGAGGAUUUGGAAGCAGGUGUUUUGGAAGAAACUGUGUACAAAUCCGCAAUGGAAAUGAAUUGUUGUUUGUGUGCUGGAAAAGGCCAUUUAGCAACUGCGUGUCCCAGGGGACGCAAGCAAACAUUUUCACCCAAGCCCCCUUCUAUAGAUAUAUUUUCAGCUUUUAACAUUCUUAAUAAGAAGAGGAAAAAGAAAAGAAGUUCUUAUCUUGAAGGAAAGUAUAAUCAGCAGGAAUUUAACAGAAAACGAAGGAAAACUAACUGAAAUUUUACAUUGCUUUUGAAAUUGUCAGUUUUUCUUUAUACAGUUCACAAAACAGAUUGUAAGGAUUUUGAUUAUUUUGAAAUGUACUCUCAAACCCAACAUUUGUUUGAAGUAAUGUAAAUAAAAGCAAUUGGCAAUUAUGAAAUAUGAAUUUAAACUUCAAAGAUAUGUAUCUUGUAUAUAAACUAUAUAUUUUUUGAUAUUUUUGAUUCUUAAGGUUCUGUAAGUAUUGAGCAAACAGGUUUGGAAAGUAUAUUUCUCUCAAAAUAAAUAUUACUUUGAUCAGUGUUGCAUU